UGUAGACGAUCGUUGCACCUUCAUAAACGAUUUUCGUGCCUUCGUAAAUGAUGUGUAUUAAUGUGAACAUUGUUGGUUGAGGCGAUCUUUAUGGUCAAUUCAAGUAUUAAAUUGUAUGGGAUAAUGUAUAAGUGGUGUUUCAAACCUAAAAUAGAGUAUACUAAUUGCAGGUCGCGUUCUAGAAUGGCCAACAACAAUGAUCUAGCUGCUGCGAUUCGCCUCUUGGCGGAAAAGCUAACCCAGGAGAGAACUGAGCGCCCCGAUUCUGCAGGGGAAAUGUUUGAAAGACUUUCUAAGGUCAAGCCACCGUAUUUCAAGGGACAAGCAGACCCUACCUUCCUGGAAAACUGGAUUAGGGAAUUUGAGAAACUAUUUGAGGCUGUGAGUUGCCCUGGGAGUAUGAGAGUAAGUCAAGCUGUCCUAUAUCUAAAAGAUGAAGCCGAUUUGUGGUGGAAAGAAAAUGGAAAUAGACUAAGUGCUGUUGAGGGAUUCAAUUGGGAUUCAUUCAUAGUUGCCUUAAGGGGAAAGUUUUAUCCUCCUUUUAUGAGAAAGCAGAAAGCGCAGGAGUUUAUCAACCUUAGGAUGGGGAAUAUGACUAUUGCUGAAUACUAUAGCAAGUUUAUAGCUUUAUCGAGGUUUGCACCUGAGGUGGUAGCUACUGAGGAGCUAAAGGCUCAAAGGUUUGAGCAAGGGCUGACGGAUGAAAUUCAACUGGGAUUAGGUGGAGAAACUUUUACUUCCUUAGACAUAGUGUAUGGGAGAGCUGCUCAUAUUUAUGGUCUGCAGUCUAGAAGGGAAAAGAAAACUGUGGUAAUUGGGGAAAAGAGAAAAGAUUUUAAUGCUGGGGGUAACCAAGAAAACUUUAAAAAGAAUAGAAACGGAAAUGGGAAUGGAAAUGGAAAUUUCCAAGGAGGAAACAAUCAGGGGCACCACAACAACUCGAACCCAUCUGAGAGAGUGCAUUAUUGCAAGAUGUGCAGUAACAAUCACCCUGGUAAGAACUGCAAAGGAGAAUUAGUGACCUGCAACUAUUGUCAGAAAAGGGGACAUAGGGAGUAUGAGUGCUUCACUAAGCAAAGAAAGGAACAAAAUAGUAAUGGAGGUGGAAACCAAGUGAGGUUUAACCAGUCUGGAGGUCAAAAUUCAAAGCCUGGAGGGGCACAAAACAAUCAAGAGAACUAUAAUAAGCCUGCAAAUGAUAACAACAACCCGAAUAAGGCUCCAGGAAAGUUGUACAUGAUGAAUCAGAAUGAGGAUGAACGAUCUGCCGAUAUGGAUUCUGGAGGAGAAUUCUCUUUAGGCGACUUUUGAAUUCGUUAAAGUGGCCUAUCAGUUUGUUUACACAAGUCUCUAAGGAUCAAUAAGCAUUGUCCAUCUGCAGGUUUGAAGAUGUUGCAUCAUUGGGAUCGGGAAUAGAGAGCUUGUAUUUAGUUUUGAUUUGCUAAGUUGACUUGGGUUUGUUUAAAUGGACUUUAAACUUGUCAUACUAUUUAUAUUUCCUUAUUUUCGUUGGUUGAUUUUGAGACUAAACCUGUAAUCGAUUAUUUAUAAACCUAAAGUUAGUUUUAUGUUUUCCGCUGCAAAAUUCUGA